UUCCGGCUUUGGGUGCUGAUGAGACUGAAGUGAACUGGUGAUGCUUUGUGUUUUUAUUUAGCUGUUGAUGUUCAUGUGUAGAUUUAUAGCCUCUUAUUUCAGCAUUUACGUGAAAGAGCGCCGCAGACUUUGUCCUGGUUGGGUCGAAAUAAAGAAGACGAUUGAGCGACACAGAAGAUGGCUGAUAGAAGUGACCUGAAAGCUGAGCUUGAGCGCAAAAAGCAGCGCUUAGCCCAGAUUCGAGAGGAGAAGAAAAGAAAGGAGGAAGAGAGAAAGAAAAAAGAGUCUGAGAUGCUUCAGAGGGCCGAGAAUGUGUCAGAAGACUCAGACCUGGACAGAAAGAGAAGAGAGACAGAGGCUCUCCUGCAGAGCAUUGGAAUUUCACCAGAACCACCUUUAGUCCCAACCCCUAUGUCUCCCUCUUCGCAAUCAGUGAGCCCACCCAGUGAAACUGGAAGUCAGGAGUCCAUAGAUGGAGGGACAGUGGGAAGGACAUUACAGUGGGACACCGACCCCUCAGCUCUUCAGCUUCUUGCAGAUUCUGUUCAUGGGAGCAGGAUGCAAAGGCUUGGUGCAUCAAAAAUUGUUCAGAUUGAUUUUACGCCAAAAGAACUGGUGACAUACUCUAAAAAAACACAGACUCCUGUGGCAUCUCAUCAGCCUGAAGAGGAGGAGGAUGAGGUGCUGUCAGUGACCAAAUCUGAGCCCAUGCCACAGCAGCUGGAGGAGGAGAACUCUCAGGAGGCAGAAGAAGUUCAUCCUAGAGAACUGACCAAUGAGGAGAAAGAGCAGAUUAUUCAUUCAGAGGAUUUUCUGUUUUUCUUUGACCGAAGCAUCCGUGUGAUGGAGCGUGUGCUGGCUGAGGAUACAGACAUUUUCUUUGACUACAGUGGGCGAGAUAUGGAGGACAAAGAUGGGGACAUGCAAGCCGGAUCAAGCUUGUCUUUUAAUCAUCAUUUCUACGAUGAGCAUUGGUCCAAACAUCGAGUCGUCACUUCCCUGGAUUGGUCACCACAGUAUCCUGAAUUACUAGUGGCCUCAUACAACACUAAUGAGGAUGCACCUCAUGAGCCAGAUGGAGUUGUGAUGGUCUGGAAUAUGAAGUUUAAGAAGAUGACCCCCGAGUACAUAUUCCACUGUCAGUCCUCAGUGGUGUCAGUUGGCUUUGCUCAGUUUCAUCCCAACCUGGUGAUCGGAGGCACUUACUCAGGACAGAUAGCACUGUGGGACAAUCGAAGUCACAGGAGGACCCCGGUGCAACGGACGCCAUUGUCUGCAACUGCACACACUCAUCCUGUAUACUGUGUGAAUGUGGUCGGAACACAAAAUGCCAACAACUUGAUCACAGUAUCCACAGAUGGCAAGAUGUGCUCCUGGAGUCUGGACAUGCUCUCACAGCCUCAGGAGAGUAUGGAGCUGAUCUACAACAAGUCAAAGCCAGUGGCCGUCACUUGUAUGGCCUUCCCUGCAAGUGAUGUGAAUAACUAUGUGGUAGGAAGUGAGGAGGGCACCGUUUACACAGCAUCCCGCCAUGGAAGUAAGGCUGGUAUUGGUGAAAUGUUCGACGGGCAUCAGGGGCCUGUGACUGGAAUCAGCUGCCAUAACGCUGUGGGUCCAGUUGACUUCUCCCAUCUCUUUACCACUUUCUCAUUUGACUGGACAGUCAAACUGUGGUCAACCAAACAUAACAAGCCCCUGUACUCCUUUGAAGACAACGCAGACUAUGUUUAUGAUGUGAUGUGGUCUCCAGUGCAUCCAGCGCUCUUUGCUACAGUGGAUGGCAAUGGUCGACUGGAUCUCUGGAAUCUCAACAACUACACAGAGGUGCCGUCAGCAAGUGUGACACUGGAGGGAGGGUGUGCCCUGAAUCGGGUCAGAUGGGCUCUAGGGGGCAGAGAGGUGGCCGUGGGUGAUUCAGAGGGCCGUGUUUGGAUCUAUGAUGUAGGAGAGCAGUUAGCCAUGCCACAUACAGACGACUGGAGCAAAUUUGCCCGUACACUCAUGGACAUUCGUGCAAACCGAGGGGAUGGAGAGGAAGAUGCAGGUUCUUUGGAGCUGCCUGCCUGAGACACACACACACACACAGACACAUUUACAUGCUACAAAAUACACUCUGCUGUGAUCACAGGUCUUUUUUCUUUUGCAUACUAAAGUCUAUUUAUAGCAUGGGUGUUAAUUAGCAAUACCUCCCCUUCCAACGCUAAUAAUUAAUUCCAGAACACACACAGGUGAAUGUGUUUGAGCUAACGUAUAUCUAGGGCUUGCAGUCUGCAGUGACUACAUAAAAGUGAGCCAAUGUUAUCAAACUGUAUCAAAAUAGCUGUGCCGGAAUUAUAAUGUCAACUUAUUUUAUGUAUGUUCAAGUACAAGGUCAUACUGAGAUAAAUUUAGAAUAUGUAUUGGCCAUUGUGUAAAAAUGUAUUACAGCAAAACUUAUGAAUAUGACUUUAUUUUAUUUUUUUCCUUUUUUAGCUUUUAUGCUGUAUGUGUGAAUAAUGUAAUACCAAUUGCAGCAUAAAACAUCUGUAAAGUGUGAAUUUACAAUAAAGGUCACUGUGUCUCAAA